UUCGUGCUAUACGAAACAGCGCGCGCUAACAACCACAACCAGAACCUCACGUGGAAAACGAAAUAACAAAACGAAAAAAAAAACGACACAACGAACGCGCUGACUUAAAUUAACAAACUUAAGAUGUGUGUGUAAGUGAAUAUUAAAUUGUGAUAGUUUUUCAACAUGUUUACACGAUUCGACGCUAAUAAAUCAACAAAAGGUGCCAGUAAACUGAGAAGAGACCUGAUAAAUGCCGAAAUAGCAAAUUUAAGGGAACUUCUACCAUUACCUCCUUCAACUAGACAAAGAUUAUCCCAACUACAACUGAUGGCAUUAGUGUGUGUUUAUGUGAGAAAGGCGAACUAUUUUCAGCAAGCUUUCAAAUGUCAUGACGCGGGGAUCCAUCAAAGUCCGACUCCAAAUAUUGGCUUCUCAAAGGCUCUCAGUGGAUUUUUGAUGAUGACGACGCAAAAUGGUAAAUUAUUAUAUAUUUCGGAUAAUGCUGCCGAGUACCUGGGUCAUUCCAUGGUGAGUGUCAUACAGGAGGAUCUGCUAAUUCACGGCGACAGUGUAUACGAUAUAAUAGAUAAACAAGAUCAUCAAGCGAUUCAAUGUGAAUUGGGCAGGCCUGUCAAUAGCGGAUCAAAUACUAAUCCGUCAGACGAGUUUCGAUUGUUUUUGUGUAGAAUGAACGUCUCCCGCAACGCUCGAAGGCAAAUGAGAUUCGGGGAUCAAAAGGUAGUUUUAGUGCAAGGAAGGUAUCUGUCGUUUCUUCCGUUGUGCAGCCGAAAUGAGCCAGUUUUUUUGGCCACGUGCACUCCGGUCGCCAUGCCGGAAACCAGGGAAUGCGUAGUACAGGGAGCCACUAAUGUUUUUACCUCCAUCCAUUCCAUGGACAUGAGAUUUAUGCAUAUCGAUAACAACGGCGAAUUCUAUCUAGGCUUUCAGCGCUCUGAUCUCCAGGGGGUGUCCUGGUAUCGGCUGCUGCAUUGGGAAUGUACGCGUGAGGCUCAAACAAAACAUCGACUCAUAACUCAAUCAGAGCAGGAGCGCUCCUGCAUACUGCUGGCGAAAUUUCAGCGACGUUCCGGCGAAUGGUUGUGGAUGCAUUGCGUUUUGCAAGUGAAGGAAAGCUCGGAAAGCAACCAGCAACCUGUAAUAGUGUGCACGAAUCAAGUGCUAAGCGAGGCUGAAGCUGCCGUAAUGCGCACCAAUAGCUGGCUCUACCAUUACUAUUCCGUCCAAAAUAAACUUCAGUACGGCUUGAGCUACGACGUCGGCCCUUCGUCGAGACUCCUCUACUACCCGACCGACCACCCGCAAGGCCCUGACUUCGCCACAAACCACGAAACGACCAAUUACACGCACAUAAACGCGAUGACGCCUUCAUUGCAGCCGCAUCUCACUCACCUGACAACCCAAACCCAGCACCAGAACCCGCACCAACGGCACCACCGACGAACGGACGCAGAGCCAGUAGAUUACUCGUACAGCAAACGCAAGCCCAAAGAACUCGAGAACCUCGAACUGGACGUGGCCGACGUGGAUGCGCCCGAUCACGACGGCGGCGGCGGCAGCGGGCUGCUGGUCGUGUCGCACGCCUCGGAACGACCGAGGACGCUCCUCAAAGUCGAUCCGAGCGAGCUGAUGGACCAGUGGAACCCCAGCCCGCCCUGGUCCGACACUCUGCAGAAGGUUCCGGAUCUGUGCCACCAAGAGUUGAGCCCCUACAUCGGGAGCACUCCUCCGACUCCCACGGCAACUCCGAGCACCCACUCCGGGAGUGCGUUCUCCUUCGACUGGAUGCCGGAGCAGUUCGUUCCCUCCUUGACUGCCUCGCUGACGGUGGAUAACAACGAAAGGCAGAUUUACUGGCCAACAGAGCACAGGCUUUUUCCCCUGCAGCCCCCUCCGAAGAGGAAACACCCCCCUCCAGGCAGAUCGGACUCAGCUGAUCGUGAUACACCUUAGUGUCAAUUAGUGUGAUUCAUUAGCUACCUAUUUCAUUGUGCCAAGUGCAAUAUCGUACCGAACAUUUUAUUAUUAUUAUUAUUAAUAUUAUUAUUAUUACUAUUAAUAUUAUUUUAUUUAUUUAAAGUAAGUAGG